AUGGAAGGGGAGUCAUUGUAUGAUGCUUGGGAGGGAUUUAAGGAGUUGUUAAGGAAAUGUCAACAUCAUGGUAUAGAAAAGUGGAUGUUGGUGCAUAAUUUUUACAAUGGGUUGAAUGGAACAACUAGAACAAUUAUAGAUGUUACGGCGGGAGGUUCUUUUAUGAGUAAUAGUGCUAAUGAGGCAUAUGAGUUAUUAGAAGAGAUGGCGAUGAAUAAUUAUCAAUGGGCAACUAAAAGGGGACAACCAAAGAAGGUGGCUGGAAUGAUGGAAUUGGACGUUAUAUCCAUGCUUAUAGCUCAAGUAGCAGCCUUGACAAAGCAACUACAAAAGACAACGCUCCCAUCUCAAUAUAUGCAAGUUCAAAACCUAUGUGAAGUGUGUGGUACAACCCAUCCACCCAACCAAUGCCCUACUCUAGAUAUGAAUAACAUGCCCAUGGAAGAAGUUCAAGCUAUAGGGAAUUACCAGAGACAACCCAAUAAUCCAAACUCCAUGUCCUACAACCCAGGUUGGAAGAACCAUCCUAAUUUUUCCUGGUCCAAUACUCAAAACACUCAACAACCUUACCCUCCACCUCAGCCACAAUAUCAACCUUCCCAAAAUAAACCACCAUAUCAACAGCAACAUUCAUACCAACAACCUCCACCUGGAUAUUAUCAACCAGAAAAUAGACAACCACACCCAAUGCCAAUGAAACCAGCUGAACCUCAACCUGAUGUACUUAACCAAUUCAUGACUGAAACCAGGGCAUCCAUAAGGAUUUUGGAGACUCAAAUAGGGCAGUUGCCUACUUUAAUGUCUAAUGGAGCUCAAGGAAAUUAUCCUAGCACUACAGAAUUUAAUCCUAAAGAGCAGUGUAAUGCAAUAUCCUUGAGGAGUGGGACUAAGUAUGAGGGUCCUACAGUAGAACACAAGGGUAAGAAGACGGAGGAUCAACAUGUCACUAGGCCAGCAAAAGAGGAGGUUACUGAAGACUUUCUGAAGAAAGAGAAGUCUAAUGAAGAAAAGGUUACUGAAGACCUUAAUAAGAAAGAAGUGGUACCACCAGUGAGCAUUGACCAUCAUGUUAUAAUUCCAUAUCCACAAAGACUUCGCAAGCAUAAUUUGGAUAAGCAGAUUGCAAAGUUUUUAAAGAACACAAAAAUGUAA